AUGGCUACCCAUAAACAAGACCCGAUUGUGUUGGUGAUUGAUUUCCACCAUGCACGCGGCCCCGAGAUCGAACACUGUAUUUCCGAUGACGGAACAGACCCGGCACUUGAAAAUGACUGGUCUCUUUUACCGUUCAUGGCCCUCUCAGACGGAGCGCAUUUGUCGACGGAGGAAUUCUCGUACUUCACACUCUGCCGAAAGGCAUCGGAUAAAUUCCCUGCAACCUCGUUAUUCGGUAUCUCCUGUUCGAGGCAGCUUGACUCAAGCUUGCUUAUCAAUCGCCAUCCUGAUGUCACGCGGUCGACCGUACAGAAGGCUGUGGUUGUUGUGACGGAUACGCCCCAGCGGGUAGGCCAAUUCAGAGAGAAGCUUUCUGUUGUUACUUCUGCUUGGUUUGCGCAACGUGACUUUUCGGAUAUUGAUAUUUUGAAGAAAUUCCGUGAAGGACUUGUGCUUAGCCUUUUGAAUGAUAAUGGUCCCAAAGAUCAAAAUUUAGGUCUUUCGCUCCGCGAGAUGAUCCAUGAAUUCAAAUACCAGACAUUAGUACUCUUCAAAGGAUUGCUGUUGCAGCCCAAGAUGCUUUUCUUUGGAACGCGUUGUGAACGCCUGUGCAUGAUUCAGUUCUCUCUUAUAUCUUUAAUACCCGGUCUUAUAAAUAGUCUUCAGGACUGUGCGGAUCCGUCCUUCGAUACCUAUUCUCAGACUGUCGAGAAACCUUCGUCUCUCAAGACGAGCGACAGAAGUUCUUUGUUGGCAUACAUGGGUUUGCCGUUACAAAUUUUUGGAAAGGGAAGCAUGUUUGGACCUUAUACCCCUCUCCAGUUGCUGGAUCUGCUGGCGGAUGAUGGCACAAAAUCCUAUGUGGUGGGUUCAACCAACUCGCUUCUCUUGCAGCAAAAGGAUCGCUACAGUGAUAUCUUAAUCAACCUCGACGAAGACAGCAUCGUCAUCAACUCUCCUUCUCUACGCACUGCCCUUACCCUUUCUGCUGCCGACAGGCGCUGGAUUGACCUGCUCACGCAAAUCGUCAACGACACCUGGGAUGAGGAGCACCCUUCAAGGCCCAAAACCCUUGGAUUCAUGGGCUCCGAGGAAUUCAUCCGACUCCAAUUCGAAGAAUAUCUACUGGCCUUGUUAUCAUCGAUGAAAUACCACGAGGAGCUUUCCUCAAGCACAGCCGGGGAAUCAAACCGCAGUGGAACUCAACUACAGAACUACAACAUAGAAGGUGACCCUGCGACCGACUUCAACAUGGAAUUCCUAACUCAAUGGCAAAAAACCUCAAAUUACGCCUUGUUCUCCCGCCUCACCUCUGACGCUCUCCUCUUCUCAAUCACGGAGCCCCGUCACCCAAGUGCAGGUGGCCUAACAAUGGAGGAUAUCCAACGCCGCGUCUCUCAACAAGUCGCAGACCUCCAUCUAGACGAACGCGUCCGCGAAGGCCGCGAAGCCCUCAACCGCCACUUCUCCACCGGCCAAAAGAAAGUAACAGCAGCAUUCAACAGCUUCUGGUCGGAUAUCGAGACAAUGCGCGAAGCCCAACGCAAACGCAACGAAGAAAAAGCCACCCAAGCACAAGCACAGGCAUCGACUCAAUCCCGACGCGCAUCUCUAGACAAAGAUUCCCCCAUCUCUCCAACCCCUUCAAUCUCCACAUCAACUAUCGACUCGGAUGCCCGUCCCCGCGCUUCAGUCGACAUGAGCCAAGCCCAAGCUUCGGUGAACGCAGCAAGCCAAAAAGCAGGCGCGUAUUUCAGCUCGUGGGGUUCAUGGGCUAGCGAGAAACGCCGUGAGUGGCAAGACAAGCGCAGCGCCUCCCCGAGCCCGAGUCUCAACGCAACCGCAACUUCAAAUGCAGCUGCAGCUGCAGCCACCAGCCCGGGUGUCUCAUCACCUUCCGCAUCAGCAUUAUCCGUAGUAACGGAAAUCGCUGAAGCAGAUCGGGACCGCGGCCGUCGCCGCUCAGUUCAGCACAAAAGGGAAGGAAGUAUCGAUAGCACCACAGACGGUGGGUUAACGCGCAGCGUUAGCCGCAGGAAACGAUGGAGUAGUAUGCUUCUUCGGCGUGAGAGCGGUGAAUUCAAGAGGGAUGAGUCGUCGACAUCUGACUCUGCUGAUGUCCCGUUCCCUAAGUCUCCGCUUUCUCAGGGGUUCCCGGCUUAUGGGGAAGGAGCCGAGGACAAGCGGGCCAAGAGAGAGGACCGAGGUAGUGAGCCUCAGAUUCACACGCAGGGAAAGGUUGCACAGGAGGACGCGGAGACCUUUGACAAGGAUGGGUUUUCGUCUGUGGCUCUGACGCCGAAUCAGGGUCUCGGGUUGGAGUUGGACCAGACUCGGAAUGGGGGUCUGAAUGAACAGGAGAAUAUGCCCCCUUCUAGCCGGGGACAUUCCCGUGAUGAAUCUUUGACUGCGCUUCCGGUCAAGGAGGAUGUUUAA